GAGGCGGGCUCUGGGCCGCGGCCCCAUUCAUUGCCGCGGCCGGCCGGGCGGGGGUUCGGUAUUUUCCGAGUUAUGGAGGCGCUAAUUCCUGUAAUCAACAAGCUCCAGGACGUAUUCAACACGGUGGGCGCCGACAUCAUCCAGUUGCCUCAGAUCGUGGUGGUGGGAACGCAGAGCAGUGGAAAGAGCUCAGUGCUAGAAAGCCUAGUGGGGAGGGACCUGCUUCCCAGAGGCACUGGUAUUGUCACCCGGAGACCUCUCAUUCUGCAGCUAGUCCAUGUUUCACCCGAAGAUAAACGAAAAACAACGGGAGAAGAAAAUGACCCUGCUACAUGGAAAAACUCAAGACACCUUUCUAAAGGGGUUGAAGCAGAAGAAUGGGGUAAAUUUCUUCACACCAAAAAUAAGCUUUACACAGAUUUUGAUGAAAUUCGACAAGAAAUUGAAAAUGAAACAGAAAGGAUUUCAGGAAAUAAUAAGGGAGUAAGCCCUGAACCAAUUCAUCUUAAGAUUUUUUCACCCAAUGUUGUCAAUCUGACACUUGUGGAUUUGCCAGGAAUGACUAAGGUGCCUGUAGGUGAUCAACCUAAGGAUAUUGAACUUCAAAUCAGAGAGCUCAUUCUUCGGUUCAUCAGUAAUCCAAAUUCCAUUAUCCUCGCUGUCACUGCUGCUAAUACGGAUAUGGCAACAUCAGAGGCACUUAAAAUUUCAAGGGAGGUAGAUCCAGAUGGUCGCAGAACCCUAGCUGUAAUCACUAAACUUGAUCUCAUGGAUGCGGGUACUGAUGCCAUGGAUGUAUUGAUGGGAAGGGUUAUACCAGUCAAACUGGGAAUAAUUGGAAUAGUUAACAGGAGCCAGCUAGAUAUUAAUAAUAAGAAGAGUGUAACUGAUUCAAUCCGUGAUGAAUAUGCUUUCCUUCAAAAGAAAUACCCAUCUCUGGCCAAUAGAAAUGGAACAAAGUAUCUUGCCAGGACUUUAAACAGGCUACUGAUGCAUCACAUCAGAGAUUGCUUGCCAGAGUUGAAAACAAGAAUAAAUGUUCUAGCUGCUCAAUAUCAGUCUCUUCUAAAUAGCUAUGGUGAACCUGUGGAUGAUAAAAGUGCUACUUUACUCCAGCUUAUUACCAAAUUUGCCACAGAAUAUUGUAAUACUAUUGAAGGAACUGCGAAAUAUAUUGAAACUUCAGAGCUAUGCGGUGGUGCUAGAAUAUGUUAUAUUUUCCAUGAGACUUUUGGGCGAACCUUAGAAUCUGUUGACCCACUAGGUGGCCUUAACACUAUUGACAUUUUGACUGCCAUUAGAAAUGCAACUGGUCCUCGUCCUGCUUUGUUUGUGCCUGAAGUUUCAUUUGAGUUGCUGGUCAAACGGCAAAUCAAACGUCUGGAAGAGCCCAGCCUCCGUUGUGUGGAACUGGUUCAUGAAGAAAUGCAAAGGAUCAUUCAGCACUGUAGCAAUUACAGUACACAGGAGUUGUUGCGGUUCCCUAAGCUUCAUGAUGCCAUAGUUGAAGUAGUGACUUGUCUUCUUCGUAAACGGUUGCCUGUUACAAAUGAAAUGGUCCAUAACUUAGUGGCAAUUGAAUUGGCUUAUAUCAACACAAAACAUCCAGACUUUGCUGAUGCUUGUGGGUUAAUGAACAAUAAUAUAGAGGAACAAAGGAGAAACAGGCUUGCAAGAGAAUUACCUUCAGCUGUAUCACGAGACAAGUCUUCUAAAGUUCCAAGUGCUUUGGCACCUGCCUCCCAGGAGCCCUCCCCUGCUGCUUCUGCUGAGGCUGAUGGCAAGUUAAUUCAGGACAGCAGAAGAGAAACUAAAAAUGUUGCAUCUGGAGGUGGUGGGGUUGGAGAUGGUGUUCAAGAACCAACAACAGGCAACUGGAGAGGAAUGCUGAAAACUUCAAAAGCUGAGGAGUUACUAGCUGAGGAAAAAUCAAAACCAAUUCCAAUUAUGCCAGCCAGUCCACAAAAAGGCCAUGCUGUGAAUUUGCUGGAUGUGCCAGUACCUGUUGCACGAAAACUAUCUGCCCGUGAACAGCGAGACUGUGAAGUUAUUGAAAGACUCAUCAAAUCUUAUUUUCUUAUUGUCAGAAAGAAUAUUCAAGACAGUGUGCCAAAGGCAGUAAUGCAUUUUUUGGUUAAUCAUGUAAAAGAUACUCUUCAGAGUGAGUUAGUAGGACAGCUGUAUAAAUCAUCCUUAUUGGAUGAUCUUCUGACUGAAUCCGAGGACAUGGCACAGCGCAGGAAAGAAGCAGCUGAUAUGCUGAAGGCAUUACAAGGAGCCAGUCAAAUUAUUGCUGAAAUCCGAGAGACUCAUCUUUGGUGAAGAGAACUAUGUAAUACUGAGACUCACUGACUUGCUAGUUACUGCCUACUUGAGUAGAAUUUUAUUUAUGAACUCCUGUGUAUUGCAAUGGUAUGAAUCUGCUCAUGUGAAGACUGGCUAUAAACUGAAAAUUACACUCUGUAUUGCAGAACGAAUCACACAUUUAAUCCAAAUAAUAAAUGGCUGUUUCUAAAA